UCUGAUAAGAUUUUUGUUUUUCCGUCGUCGUCAUCGAAGUGAAUUUUGGGGGAGAUCCAGAAUGACGAUGAACUCGCUUCCAAGGAGGUUUGGGAGGAAUCAAGGAUAUCUGGAUCGAGAUUAUCGUAAAGGGAGGAGAUCUGAUUCCGAAUCCGAUGAAGAGUUGAAGGGAUUGAGUCACGAGGAAUACAGGAGGAAUAAACGGCUUAAGAUGCGGAAAUCGGGGAGGUUCUGCUUCUGGGAGAACACGCCGAGCCCGCCUAGAGAUCAGAACGAGGAUUCCGAUGAGAUCUCCGACGAGAUUCUGGAAAGGGAUGAUAACCCGAAAGGUAAAGACAGGAAAGGUGAGUCUGAUUCAGGCAAGUCAGAGUCGGAAUCUGAAUCUGACGACUUGAGAUCUAGGAAGAGAAAGAGUAAGAGCUCUAAGAGAAAGCGUAGGCGUAGGAGAUCGUAUGAUAGCGAUAGUGAGUCUGAAGAGAGUGAGAGUGAGUCGGAAGAGGAAGAUAGGAGACGAAGAAGGAAGAAGAAGAGCAAAAGCAAAAGCCGCCGCAGUAGUAGGAAAAGGCGAGGACAUAGGAGAAAGAGGAGAUACAGUGACUCUGACGAGAGCAGCGAUGGAGAUAGCAAAAUGGAGGAAUCUGAGAUUAGUGCUUCGUCGUCUGGGGAUGAACUUAGCAAGUCAAAGAGCAGGAAGCGUAAGAAAUCUUCGGUUUCUAGUUCCAAACGAAGCAAGGGAAAGAAAACGAAGUCAGAAACCGAAAGCGAUGGUUCUGACACUGAUUCCAAGGCGCAGUUAGAAGAAACGGUGAAGGAUCCUGAGCUUGAUGAGGAGGAGUUGAAGAAGUUCAAAGAGAUGAUUGAAUCAAAGAAGAAAGCUUCAGCCCCCGAUGAUGAAGAAGAAGCUGAUGUUGGUCCAAUGCCAUUGCCUAAAGCUGAAGGACACAUCAGUUAUGGUGGUGCUUUAAGACCUGGUGAAGGAGACGCCAUAGCACAGUAUGUGCAGCAAGGUAAACGUAUCCCACGUAGAGGAGAAGUGGGUCUUAACGCUGAAGAGAUUCAGAAGUUUGAGGAUCUUGGUUAUGUGAUGAGUGGAAGUAGGCAUCAAAGGAUGAAUGCUAUUCGUAUCAGAAAGGAAAACCAGGUUUACAGUGCUGAAGACAAACGGGCCUUGGCUAUGUUUAACUAUGAGGAGAAGGCGAAGCGCGAGGCUAAGGUUAUGUCUGAUCUCUCGCGGCUUGUGCAGCGCCAUAUGGGAGAAGAGUUAGGGCCUAAUCACGACCCUUUUGGUGCUGGAAAGACUGAUGGAGCUGAUGACUGAUUGGCAUUGCUUCCUGCUGCUGCUUGUGUGGGUACUGUGUACUCAUCUUAUGCCUUUUUUCUUGUAGACUGUUCCUUAUUUGCAUCAUAGUUACUGUUGUUUGCUACUUGCCCGUUAAUGAGAGUCAUAGCUAAUGCGUCAAUUUGCUAUGUGUAUCACAUGAUUGUGUUUAUGUGUUAAAGAUCAAAGAUUCUGACUUUAGGGAUCUGCAACUGUUUUGCUUUAUUUCUUGUA